AUUGCCAAAACAACAACACCAGGACGAUGAGCACGUGGAGGUGGGAGAUAAUGAAGAUUUUAGCCUUAUAUUCCCUAGUGGCUGUUACUUCCUCCAUGAGUAAUGACGUCCAAGGAAGAGAGUCACCUAAGGGAUCACUGCCUCUUGUGAUAAAUACAUGGUCAUUUGUUAAUUCAACGGCAAAAGCAUGGAGUGUGCUGUACAAUGACAAGGGUUCGGCUUUAGAUGCUGUAGAGAAAGGCUGUUCUGUGUGUGAGGAGCUGCAGUGUGAUGGAUCUGUAGGUUUUGGAGGAAGUCCUGACGAAAAUGGAGAGACGACGUUGGAUGCAAUGAUUAUGGAUGGGACAACACAUGAUGUGGGAGCAGUUGCUGCCCUGCGGAGAGUUAAGAGUGCAAUAUCUGUUGCUCGAAUGGUACUUGAACAUACAACGCAUACAUUGCUUGUGGGAGAUCAGGCCACGGAAUUUGCUCUCCAAAUGGGAUUCAAGGAAGAAAAUUUGACGACUGCUAAGUCUGUUGAAAUACAUGAGCAUUGGAAAGAAGAAUCCUGUCAGCCUAAUUACUGGAAGAAUGUUCAGCCAGACCCUACAGCAAGUUGUGGACCCUAUACCCCUGUAGAUGUAUCACAGAAAAGUAAAAAAUGGGCAACUGCACAAGAGGGAAAAAAUUUUAAUACCAGGAACCAUGACACCAUUGGAAUGAUUGCCAUAGAUGCUCAAGGACACAUUGCUGGUGGAACGUCAACCAAUGGGGCCACUCACAAGAUUCCUGGUAGGGUUGGAGAUUCCCCAAUUCCAGGCAGUGGGGCCUACGUUGACAGACACGUAGGAGGAGCAGCAGCCACAGGGGAUGGAGAUGUAAUGAUGCGCUUCAUGCCAGCUUUGGUAACAGUAGAAGGAAUGAGGUCUGGUUUAUCUCCUCAUAAAGCUGCAGAAAAAGCCCUAUUUCAGAUUGCAAUGUAUUACCCUGGUUUCAUGGGAGCAAUUGUUGCCACAUCAAUUACUGGGGAGAUUGGGGCAGCUUGUCAUGGAUUUGAUAGAUUCCCAUAUUCUGUAGCAAAUCCAACACUGCAAGCAGUAACUGUGAUGGAAGUUCUUUGCUUUGGUUAAUGGAUAUUGUCAGUCUUCAAAUUCAAUGGAUUGCAAAAAUAAAGAUUUUUUUUUUGUAUUUUUCAUCACAAUGAAUGGAACACCUGUUUUAAAGAAUUCAUCAGAGUCAAUUUACUUAUACUGUUUUCAUAUUUGUGUUGGCAUUUGCUCAUAGUAAUCUGCAUCCAAAAAAUUGUAAUGCUAAUGUUCCAUUUAUCCCCAGUAGUAUAAAAAGGAUUGUAUUUAUGUUUAGGCCAUCCACCUCGACCAACUACAUGUUCUAUGAAUAUGAGACUUUUAUAUAUAUAUAUACAUAAGACGUAUAUUAAUGUGCUGUGCAUUGGUGGAAGAUUUUUGUGAUAUAUUUAUCUUUCUCUUGCAAUUCUUUUCCAUGAUCUUCAUUUCUAAGUGUACUUCUUGUACUUCUAAUUACCUUUGUUGGCAUUCCUUUCAGAAUUAAUGAAUAUACUUAAAUGACUCAUAAAGGUUAUUGAUAUAUUGCAUAAUAUGUAAGAUGAAUGAUGUAUAUAAUUUCAGGAAUUUUAUUAUUUUACAACUUAUACCAUGUUACAGUAUUUACACUUUUUAAGUAUUAUAUAUUUUGCAUAUACUGAAACUAUAAUUGAAAGCUUGUGUGAUCAGAAUUUUAUCUUUCAGGGGUAUUUGUAAUGCAUGAAGGGAUAGAUGAUGAGGUUUGAAUUUUAGGGAAUUUGGUCAUUGAGGGUCUAAGGUUGCUCUUGGUUGAUUUGACAUAAAGAGAAAUUGCUUCUGCCUGUAGUUAUUAAAAGCUCAAUGCCCUUUGGUCAAAUGUAGAUACCUAGUUCUUAUUGCUAGCUAGGUAAGCUCUAAUGCAAAAUGAUUUUCUAUUCAACUGUAUAGUCAUUAUGUGAAAUAGAAAUUGAAAAUGUACAAUCUGAUAGGUUGAUUUAAAAUCAGCCAACUAAAUAACAAUAAUCUAUAGUAUCAAAUAUUGCUGGACACGAUAAUGAAAUGAAUUUUUAUUUUUUAUUGAUUUAAUUCUUGUAGCUGUUAUUUUAAAUAAUAGUAUGUAAUGUAAAAAACUCAAGUGGAAUUAUAUUUGUUACGAUAAUUUUCAUACAGCAGUGAACCUUAGACAAGUAAAUGCAGUGUAGUCUAGAAAAAUCUUAAAAAUGGUCCUCAACACUUUCCUGGUGUUAAGACAUGAAGCAGAUAAAACUUAGAAUAGAAGUUAUUUUGAAAUGUCUAGGAUUUAAGCCCCAAUAUGAUGUCCUCACUUGGUAGGUGGUACAAUAUCUUAAUAAGAAUACAAAUGCUAAAAGUGUUGAGAUUUCUUCUUUUGUUAAACUAAAUGUGAUUUUGUCCAGGAGUGCAAUAUUUUUACACACAUUGCAGUAUUUUUAAAGGUGUGAUAGUUAUUUUAAAUAUACUUUUUUGAAUGUUUAAAUGAAGCCUUAAUGACAGGCUAUUGUGAAGAUUGUUAGCUGUAUUAGAAUUACAGAUGAAGAUACUCAUGUUUGAAUUGUUUUCGACAAUAUUUUUUGUUUUUGUCUCAAAAGUCAUUCCAUAUGUGUUUGCAUAUACAAGUGCAUGUUCAGGUGAGCUUGGAAUGUACAAUACGUGUGGGAAAAAGAGGUAUGUAUAUCUGUGUAUGUGUAUAGAUAUACACACAAUGCUGAAUAAUUGAUUAAUAAGGAACCUUUAA